CUCCCAGCCCACCAGUCGCGAUGCAUCCUGGGUUUUGUUCGGCGACAGUCGCUCUUGCAUGCAGCUUAGAUUCAUUCUCGACAAUCUGGUUUUCCAAUUGCGAAGAAAUCGGUCCGUUUCGCAUCGCCCGCGCAAGCGCGGAAAGUAAAAGACGGCGGUCCGCGUUAUCCAUUGCAAAACAUUGUUUCAUCUCUGAGGAAGCGAGCCACUGCCCGCCUGUCUUCCCAAACAUCGCAUCACGUCAAACACAUCACGCGUGCUACUGGCUGCAGGAAUGCGGCCGAUGUGACGACGACGACGGCGGCAACGAAGACGACGACGACCUCAACAUCGACUGGUAAGUAGUAUGAGAGCAAGCACCUGCCUACCUACCUGCCUACCUACCUACCUACCCACUCACUAACAGCGACCGCGACAACAACACGAUGGCGCACUUGGCGCUGCUGUCACUGGCUCAGGUGCCCGCUGCUGCUGCUGCGACCACACGCACACAGUCCGUCGUGAGCUGGGCCGGGAUUCUCGCCCUUUCGGAGCCCCCCCCUGGGGGUAUCCCUCACCCCGUCAGGUACAUGCUAUGGGAUAAAUCGAACUUUCUCCGGAGUUGUGGGCUCCCGCAGCGCCAUGCUUACUACGUACACACGGCUUCCAUCUCCGAUCGAGCCUCUGACGAUCCUUGGGGGCAUGAACCAUGCCCAGCUAACGUCCAUCAUACCUACGGGGCAACAGCGACCCUAUUCCAGAUUCCACAUUCCACAUGUAGCCCCCCUUGGGUACGUUUCUUGGCACUCCUGAACCUCAUUUUUGAGUCUCCAGCGCGCUCCUGGCUGUGUGGCCCCUGGCUCCAAUGAUGCUUGAGCCGAUUCGAAUGGGGGCGAGUCGCCCCUGGACCAGACGCCCAUCCGACACCACCAUCGUACCAGGUCUGGCCCUUUCCGGGGGGGGGGGGGGGG